CUGUGUACAUAGUUUGUGGAGGCCUUUAGAAAAAAAAAAACUAAUAAUUACACUUUAAAAUAUUUUUUGUGGAUAUGCUGAAUAGCACCUAGUCUAAACGGAAAAAUAAUGAGAGGCUUACAAUAUUUUUACGUAUUUAUUUGUUUUGUUUCCCUUCUGAGUGGAUGGUUAAAUUCAAUAAAUGCUACUUAUAGCGAAGAUGAUAAGAAAGAUAUCCAAGUCUUCGUUGGUUUAUUGAAUGUUAUUCGUACAUGGGAAUUAGAUAAAAUUCAAUUCACUCAAAAUGAACUAGAACAGAUCAAGUCCAUUAUUAUUGACGGUAUACAAAAUCCAGAAGAUGUUGAGCAGCUGAAUACAAAAUUCGAAAGGAAAAUGACAUCGCUAAAAUGCACUUACGGUUAUGCCGUGCAAAACAUCUUGUUGAAUUUAAAGUCAUUAUUGAUUUACGAGGAAUCAACGGACGACAGUUAUAGCUCAGCAAGCGUUGAAAUAAAAAAAAGACCGAUAAAAAAAAGACCGAUAGAAAAAAAAGUUAAAUUUAGCGAAGAAGUCAAAUUAAUAGUCAUAGACAAAAAUGACGAAGUUCCCAUUUCGGAGAUAAUUAAGAAAAAUCCGGUAGACUUAAGAAACGAGAGUGGUUAUACAACACAAGUGGUUAACGAUAUCAUAGACUACAUACCUCUUGACCAGCAAUAUCUAAUAGAUCUGCAGACAAUUAAGCUUUCCAGUUACAUCCAAAACUUCGUGUAUGCCUACAAAAAGUGUGUGAAUAGAAUGUUGUCUGUUGUGUUUAUGGCCAAACGCGUCGCUGCCAACUGGCUAUGGAACGUUUCGAUAAUGUUGAGUGAUGUUGGCAACUGUCAAAUACGAUUGAAAAACCUUUGUAAUCACAGUGAAAUUAACUCUACAGUCAACAAUUUCGUGGCCCAGUGCACUGAUAACAAUUAUUUAAGUCGAACUAAAUCCAACAAAAAUAUAGUAUAUGGUCUCGGAAAAAACAUGAAUAAAAUUGUUAAUAGUUUGAAAGUGUCCUUUAAGCUGAUGGAGAUUUUCGGACUCGUGACUGGUUCGACUGAAGAUUUAGUCCCGCUGUUCAAAUAUGAAAGGGGAGUACGUGUAUACGACUUCUUUUGGGAUAGAAGGCAGUUCGAUGGUUAUUUUUUUCAAUAUUCUCCUCAAUUAAAUAGCAUCGACUGGUACGAAAUCGAAAAAGCGUUGAACAAAGUACACACAAAUGUACAAAACGUAUGGAUUUCAGAUCCGUUUGCGAUUGUCAAUUACUAUUUGGUGGCUAAGGACGUCGUUUCCAUUACUUUGCUCUAUCAUGUUUUAAAACAUUUUAUGGUAUACAUAGUGUUAAGGUGGCAGGAUAGGGAAACAAAUGAAAACAUAACAGCAGAUUGGUUUAUGAAUACCCCUAUACAAGUAUUGAAGGAUUUCUUGAACGUCCUCGACUUGAACGACGAUACGUUUUACGCGGAAGUGAUCCAUCACUUGACAUUGGCUAAUAGUAUGGAUCAGCCUACAUUUCAGAUAUUCACCAAAACGAUCUCGUUCAAACUUGAACAACUACUAAAACGCUUCGGAGUAUUUGACAAACGCAUCUAUAUAAACAUGUCUGAUCAACUUAGCACAAAUAUUGAUAACACUACACUCUGCGAAUGUAACGACUCGUUAAGGAUCUUUUAUAAUACGUUUAUUAAGUUUAGUUAUGAUAGUUCUUUUAACUUAAAUAUCAUUAAGUUUUUGCACAACAGCGAAAAAGAAACUUGGAUGUUUGACUUAUAGAUAUUCGACCAGUACACAGUAAUAUAAAUAUUUGUUUGACUUUUUCCGAAUUAUACCAAAUGAAAAAAAUAAUUACACUGAAUUCAAGUCUUAACGUGACAAUCUUAUGUUUAUCUAUUUUUACUAUACAUACAAAUACACGUACAUAUUUCUACUAUACAUACAAAUUUGAUACAUGCUUAAAAAUACAUCCAUUUUUAACAAAAAGCCACUAUUAUUAAUUUGAUGAUAACCAUCAAAUGUAUAUACUGUUGAUUAUGAUUAUUAAUUUAAUCAGCAUCAAAAAAUGUUACCUAAAAUUGUACUUGUACACAUUAUAUGUUCUCAACCGUCAGUUGAAACACAUGUGCUUACGCUGGUUAUAUUUUUUACUUAAAUUAAAUUGCGAUUGUUGAUAAGUAUUAUAACUUCAUAGAAAUAACAUGCUUAAGAAAGUUCAUUUAAAAAAAGCAAGUUUUGAGAUAAUCGGAAUGACGUGGGUUAGUAGCACAGGAAUCCUAUAGGAUAGUUUACGACUGCUAAUUAUUUUAGAGGGGUUGAACACCACCAAAAUCUUCAAAAUUCUUGAAAAAUACUAUACUUACCACAAAACUUUCUUAACAAAAGUUGUUCUCAAAUAAGUAUACAUAAAUCUGCUUCCUAUACAUUUGUAUGUAAGUGCAAAGGUUUGGUCAAAAAAGCAGCUCGAAGUUGACUAUUUUUGAAAAUUGUAUAACCUUUACGCUGUAUGUUCACAUUUCAGUGGGAAAACGUACAUCUAGACUCAUUUAAUGACCUAGUAGUAAUGUGGUAAAUGUAUAAUGUUUUUUUUUACACUAAAUAUAUAUAUAUCAACAUUAAAAAAAAACUACCCAGUAUGACAUGGACGCGAUGUGCUUCUGAAACGUUCCUGUGGCGGAAACAAAUAUUGAAACCAUAUUGAUAGCUUAUACAACACUAGAAACAAAUUAGAUAAUUAAAUAUUUUUUAAAUAAUAUUUAACUCAAAGGAGUCA